AUAAUGAAUAUCCCGACGUAUCUAGUUGUCUUGAAUCAAAUCCUGAUGUGCAAUGUCAUGUCUAAGAGUACGAUGAUCUCAAACACUCAUUAUGCUUAUUGAUUAAAAAUGCAAAAAUGUACAAAAAUAAUGAUUUUUCCAGAACGAAAAUAACUUUCAGGCAUGGAAAGGGACGGACAUGAUGAACGAUCCCAAAAUAUUCCGAUAUCGUAAAAAUAAAGGUUAUUGUCUAUGGGAGAUUGUCCCUUUUAUUCGAGAGGCUGAAAAAUCAACCUUGAUCUUGACCUUCUGUACUUUACGACUUUUCAAUUAGGUUUCAAUUAGAAUUCGUCAGCGAACACAGUUUGAUGCUUUUCUUUGCUUCAAGUCUUUAACAGGGAAUAGGCCAAAUAUAGUGAACUAUAGUGAAUUCGUAAACAUGUUGAAUAACAUGUUUUUGAAUACUGGAAUUUACUUUGCAAUUCUAUUUCCUGCUUAUUUCUGCGAGACCUUUCAACAGGCAUAUUAUAAGAAAAAACCAGGACAUAUAUAUCACCAUGGGGGGAAUGGAACCGGUUUGGUCGCAAGCACACUGGAACAUUCAGAGAUGCAGUGCUUAAUAAAGUGUACGAAGGAUCCCCAAUGCUUCAACGUUAACUUCAAGGAAGGUGUUAUGUGUGACAUGUAUGGACUGGCGGAUGGUGGUUGGUAUGAAACUAACAACAUCUUUGAUGCGUACGCUACAAGAGGGUCGGAUCCAAAGGUGGUUGCCAUGGCAACAACUCCAGACCGCUGUGCAUCAUUAGGUUUAGUUGAUCUAAAUGUCACUGGGUCGUGUUACUACAUUGACACCACCAAACGUAAUGUUCUGGAUGGACAGCAUGCAUGUCAGUCACAUAUUCCCCCCAUGGACAUUGUGUCAAUAGAAGAUGAGGACGAAUACGACAGAAUAAUGUCGCACAUUUGCGCUAACUUCUCAUCAUCCACCUUAUGGAAUAUAGGACUCAACGACAUAGACGUAGAGAUGCAGUAUACCUGGUUCGGCACAGGGGCAACACCAAUUUGGACAAACUGGGAUGAAGAUGAAGGAUUUCCAGCUGAAGACACUACAAAAAACUGCGUGAGCAUGAAGCAUGGGAAUGGACGAUGGCUUGGCGUCGGAUGCAAUUUAAGCGUGGAAUUCACAAUAUGUGAAUAUAUAAACUAUUCAUAACUGAGAUAGGCCGACCAAGUGAUAAAACAAAUCAAUUCAAUGGAUAUUAAACAGAGCCGUGAAUUAAUCCGCUCACUUA